CUUAUUUAGAACCCAGCAGAGGAAGUGGUAAAGGAAACUAGCUGAGUCGUUUUCUGAGAAGAGACCAUAUUUGUUAGCAGAGGAAGCCGUUGCUUUCUGGGAUCUGGUUACAGCAGAAAAGACAUCUGCUCCAAUAAGCGUGCUUCAGGGGGCUGCUGGCAGUUGAAAGACCCAAGGACACCUCCAAGCCCUGGAUUUGGGGUUCUCAGUCCAUGGGUGCAUCACCCGGGCUCAGUCCGUGAGCUUCCUCGGGGAGAGCAGCCAUGGCGCUGAGGAAUGUACCCUUUCGCUCAGAUGUCCUAGCCUGGGACACCGACGGCCUUGCCAACUAUUUCAAAAAGCUGAACUUCAAGGACUGCGAAAAGGCAGUGAAGAAGUACCACAUUGAUGGGGCUCGGUUUUUGAACCUGACAGAAAAUGACAUCCAGAAGUUCCCCAAGCUCCGAGUGCCGAUUCUCAGUAAGUUAAGUCAAGAAAUCAACAAGAAUGAAGAGAGAAGGAGCAUUUUCACACGCAAACCCCAAGUCCAGCGAUUUCCAGAGGAGACAGAAAGUCACGAAGAGGACAACGGGGGCUGGUCGUCCUUCGAAGAAGAUGACUAUGAAAGUCCCAAUGAGGAUCAAGAUGGGGAGGAUGAUGGCGACUAUGAGUCCCCCAAUGAGGAGGAAGAGACGCCUGCAGAUGACGAUGCCGAUUACGAGCCACCACCUUCCAAUGACGAGGAAGCUCUGCAGAACUCCAUCCUGCCUGCCAAGCCUUUCCCCAACACCAACUCCAUGUACAUCGACCGGCCCCCCUGUGGGAAAGGCCCACAGCAGCCACCCGUGCCCCCGCAGAGGCCGAUGUCUGCCCUCCCUCCCCCGCCAGCCAGCCGGAGUCACUCGCAGCCACUCCCCCCACCCCAGCCCAACCACGAGGAGCCCAGCCGAAGCAGAAACCACAAGACAGCGAAGAUCCCGGCUCCUUCGAUAGACAGAAGCACGAAGCCGCCCCUGGAUCGCUCAUUAGCUCCGUUUGACAGAGAGCCCUUCACACUAGGAAAGAAGCCAGCAUUUUCUGACAAGCCCUCUACUCCAGCGGGAAGGCCCCUCGGGGAGCAUUUACCCAAGAUACAGAAGCCUCCUUUGCCACCAACUACAGAACGACAUGAAAGGAAUAGCCCUCUGACAGGAAAGAAGCCACCUGUGCCAAAGCAUGGAUGGGGACCAGAUAGAAGAGAGAAUGAUGAAGAUGAUGUGCAUCAGAGACCUUUGCCCCAGCCAGCACUACUUCCUAUGAGCUCCAACACUUUCCCAUCAAGAUCUACCAAGCCAAGCCCCAAGCAUGCCUUCUCGUCUUCUCACAUGUCUGGGGCAUUCUCAGAAAGUAGUAGCAGUUUUCCACAGAGCGCCUCCUUGCCACCAUACUUCUCUCAAGCCCCUGCCAACCGGCCACCGGUCAGAGCAGAAGGCAGAAGCUUGCCCUUGCCCGUUCCCAACAAACCUCAGCCACCAUCCCCUGGGGAAGAAGAGAAUUCAUUAAAUCAAGAGUGGUACGUGUCUUACAUUACCCGACAAGAGGCAGAAGCUGCUCUUAGAAGGAUAAACCAGGAUGGCACUUUUCUGGUCAGAGACAGCUCUAAAAAAACAAUAACCAAUCCGUAUGUCCUCAUGGUGCUGUACAAAGAUAAAGUUUAUAACAUCCAGAUACGUUAUCAGGAAGAAAGUCAAGUUUACUUGUUGGGAACUGGACUCCGCGGGAAAGAGGACUUUCUGUCUGUGUCAGAUAUCAUUGACUACUUCAGGAAAAUGCCACUUCUGCUCAUCGAUGGGAAGAACCGAGGUUCCAGAUACCAGUGCACAUUGACGCAUGCUGCGGGGUACCUGUAGCCAGCUAGCCAAGCGAAUGACCCUUCCUCCUGCCUCUGUUGCCAACUCGGGGAGAUCAAUCAACUUGGGUAAUGGACUUAGGACUGAAUCGAACCCCUCAACAUGAACAAAAUGUCUUGUCCUUUCCUUUAAAAGCAGUGCUUGAAGACUGUCAAAUAUCCCAUAA